AUGAUCCCCAAGGAGCAGAAGGAGCCAGUGAUGGCUGCCAUGGGGGACCUUGCUGGACCAGUCCCUUUGCUGGACCUGGGGAAGAAGCUGAGCGUGCCCCAGGACCUGAUGAUAGAGGAGCUGUCGCUUCGCAACAACCCAGGAUCCCUCCUCUUCCAGAAGAGGCAGCGCAGGGUGCAAAGGUUCACCUUCGAGCUUGAGGAGAGUCAGCGGGCGAUCCUGGCCGGAAGCGCCAAGAGGAGAGUAACUGGAACCGCGGAGGCGGGAAUGGUGAGCGUUGCCAAUGGCCCCGAGGGGCCGAACUACCGCUCCGAGCUCCACGUCUUCCCGGCUUCGCCCGGGGGUUCCGAGGACUCCCACCCAGCAGCGGCGUCGGCCCAUAGCCCAAGCGCUCUGGCGCCAGGCUACGCGGAGCCCCUGAAAGGCGUGCCGCCUGAGAAGUUCAACCACACCGCCAUCCCCAAGGGCUACCGCUGCCCGUGGCAGGAGUUCAUCAGCUACCGGGACUACCUGAGCGAUGGCCCAAGUUACACCCCCAGCCUGCGAGACUAUCGGAAUUUCAACAAGACCCCAGUGCCAUUUGGAGGACCCCUCAUGGGGGAGACCAUUCCCAGGGCAGGCACCCCUUUUGUCUCGGAGCCCUUCAGUGGCUUGGAACUCCUCCGCCUCAGACCCAGCUUCAACAGGGUGGCUCAGGGCUGGGUCCGCAACCUCCCAGAAUCCGAGGAGCUGUAGUCCCAGGCUGAAGCUUCAAUUCCUCAGUCUCCAGGCUCAGGUAGUAUCUGAAGCCAAGACUCGUGGACAGCACUUCACAGUUUAUGAAGAGCCUUCACACACAAACCAUUAUUGCAAAUGGCCUCAAAGGUCACAAAGUUCAAUAGUCCCCAAAUGCAGAUGUGCUUCAAAAUCACCUGGGGACCUUGGUCCUAACACAGAUUUCUGGCCUGCCCUAGACCUGUAGCAUCAGGAUUUCGUGAGUGGAGAAUUUCUGUCAGUAACCAAUACUCCAGGUGAUUCCUGUGUGACGGGGGCACAGUUAGUGUCUUUAGGAAUCCACACCCACGCAGCUUACACUCCGUUCCCUGAUGGUGGUGCACUCACUAGCAGCCCAUCUACCUGAGGAUAUCUCUGAUAAUUAGAAAGUUUUCCCUUUUACUGAGUUGCAGUUGGUCUUCAUCUGUGCAUGCUCUAAGUGUUUACUAAGUACCUACUAUGUGCCAGACAGUGUGCCAGGCCCAGGCCUUCAGGAGGAAAAGAUGGUGGAGAGGGCCGAUUUGCGAAGGAGUAAAUCACAUUAGUUUUCCCUACAGCUCAUCGACAAUGGAGGAACCGGGUGUCGUGGAGCAGGGGAAGGGUCCCCAAACCUGGUGGUGGGGUGGGAUUCCAGAAGUUUCCCAGAGGAUUUGAGUGGGGUCUUGCAGAAGGAAGGCGAAUUCAUUAAGGAAAGAGGUGCGAUGGGAGGGCUUUCCUGACAAGUGGAUUGGCACGUGCAGAGGUGGGUGUGGCAUUGAGCAUAGAUGCAGGUUGUUCUGGGGAAGAGAGAGGUUAUAUUAGGGGUCAGUGAGGUCCAGAAGUGGGGUUUUAAGAAACGGGGAGGUUUUAGCAAUGGAUUUCACUGGUUGCUGUGGGGGACACAUUGAAGAGGAGCAGUGCUGAGAACCAGGGAGUCUGCAAGGGGUGAGGCCUGGAUAGAGUUAUGGCCAUGCAGAUCCAAAGGAGAGGUUGCCCUGCUGGGCACUUUACAAGAGAGGUGUGGAAUGAAGUUCUUAUAAGGACUCCCUUCCACCCUCCAUCUGAGUAGGUCCCUUAGUUCUAGGGAGGAGGAUGGUGGUGGUAGUGCUUUUUAUUGAGUGUCUAGUGCUUGGGCUGGGUUCUUGACACACCUGGUUCCUAAUUCUCAAUAUAGCCUGAGAGAAAGGUAUUUUUGUUCUCAAUUCACAGAUAUGAAUGUUCAAGCUGAAAAGAGGGAAAUGUCUUAGCCGGGGGCAGAGUCAAAAUGGGAACCUGUUUUACUCUUUUUACUAUAUUGGGUGGCCAAGCCAAUGCCCAUUCACUCUGGACGCACUGAUCGUGGUGCCUUGCCUUGGAGCUCACAGGUUGAGUGGAGGCUGGACCACCUGAUGGGAUGGGAUGGGGUCUGAUUCUGCCAUUGCAAGCCUUGUGAACUUGGGCCAGUCAUUUCACACCUGAGACUCCCCGUCUGUAAGAUGAGUAUAGAAACUCCUUCAGGGGGUGCAGGUCACAGUCAUGAGGGUUCAGUCAUUGUUAGGUUUCUUGCAAACACCGUUCUUGGCCAGAAUCUAUGGUUCUUGCAAUGGGUGUAGCUUGAGAAGUCAGCUGCCAGGAUGGCAUUGGGGUCAGAAAAGCUGCCACCUGAAGGAAACCCUCCCAUCACUGCAGGGGUCCCUUUGGAUGGGAAUUCCUCUUCUCUAACGCCAGGCCUGAUGGGAGAGUGGUUGCAUUUUCCUUUUGGUCUGGAGUUUUGUUCCUUUCCUGGAUCCCAAAGGGCCAGCAGACUCUUAGGAUUGUUUGCAAUGGUGUGUUCUCUAGGAUUUAAGGGCCAUUGUUUAAAGCUAGGCUUUAUGAGUGUAAGACCAAGCAUCAAAGUGUCAGGCAAGUAGAAGAGGGGACAUGGAUUGCCUUGGGUUGUUUCUACCGUGCUCUGGAGGGUAACUACCACUGCCAGGCACAGAAGAGACUGGGGGAGACUCCUGCAGUCAAAAGUGGAUCCUCAUUCCCUUCCUCUGAUCAUGUGAAUUGCUGAUGUUAAAAAAAGGCUUACUGUAAAAAAUAAAAGUAAAAUGUGAAAGUA